UUGCUCAAUUCUUUUAUUUCUCUCUUUAGUAUUAUUUUUUCUCGUCUUUUUUAUUCCACGUCAUCCUUAACUUUCUUUUUGCAACACUGAAACCUCUCGGCUCUUCUACUUCUCAACUCUUCUCAUGGAUCAUAUAUUCGGAUUCCAAACAGGGUUUUGUAGAUAAUAUUUAUAUAUUAGAGUUUGUAUCUCAAAAACAAAGAGAACUCAUCAUGGGUGAAUCUUCUACUUCCUAUAUCCGUAUGGUACAACGCCUGAUAGAAGAGUGCAUCAUAUUCAAGAUGAGCAAAGAAGAGUGCAUGGAAGCUCUCUCCAACCACGCAAAUAUCCAACCAAUCAUUACUUCCACAGUGUGGAAGGAGCUGGAGAAAGAAAACAAAGAGUUCUUUGAGGCCUAUGCAAAAAGCAGAGAGGAGAGAGGUAGUGAAUUGGAGACAAGGCAAGGAAUCCAAAAGUUGUUAUUGGAUUCUUUCAAAAAAGAUACCGCCGCCUCAGAUGCCGACUGUGAUAAUAACUAGUAGUGGUGAUAUAUACUACUAAAAAGAGAGCUAUUAGAACAAAAUAAAGAUCAAAAUAUC